AUGGAUGCCGGAACACCAAAACGCGCCUACAGCAUGGAUCAUCCGCAAGGACUGGACGAGGCAACAGUAAAGCGCAGGAAACUAACGCCUUCAUCUAAUAUUCCACCAACUGCUCCAAUAAUGGCUCAUCAGAUCAAUCCUUCACCAUACGCCGGGGUCUCAGUGACCAGCAUGUGUGAGGAGAUGCAGUGGCUACAGCAUCACCAGCAACAUUGCCUCCAGUGGGCCGUGGCCACCUACAGGCUUCCAGAAGCUACCGUGGGUUCAGUGCCUCAGGAUGCCUCCGUGGGAGGACACCGGCUGCCAGUUCAUCUAGGUCAUCCUCCGUUCAUCAACCAACAAAUGGGCCUCAUUUGCGAGCGCUUGAUGAAUGAACGUCACCGCCGUGUGCGUGAGGACGUAGACGGCGCGUUCUCUGCCUAG